CAUAUAUAACCCCUCUCUGCUGCUUUGCACAGUGACUGCGCCUCUGUCUACCCCAGCCCUCUAAUCAGACCACAAACCUCUCACCAUGGCUCAACAACCAAUCAGCCUCCCUGCAAAACUCAUCAAUGGUGGAGUUGCUGGACUGGUGGGUGUUACCUGUGUGUUUCCUAUAGAUCUGGCCAAGACAAGACUCCAGAACCAAAGAGGAAGCCAACGGGUUUACAAGAACAUGAUGGACUGUCUGAUUAAGACUGUUCGAUCUGAGGGAUACUUUGGAAUGUACAGAGGUGCAGCAGUCAACCUAACACUGGUGACUCCUGAGAAGGCCAUCAAACUGGCCGCCAAUGAUUUCUUCCGUCAGCGGCUCAGUAGGGGAGAACUCAAGCUGAGCGUGUUUCAGGAAAUGUUGGCUGGGUGCGGGGCAGGGAUGUGUCAAGUCAUUGUCACAACCCCGAUGGAAAUGCUCAAGAUCCAGCUUCAGGACGCAGGACGACUUGCAGCCCAGCAGAGAAAGUUACCCGUGCUCCACACUGUGAAACUUGGGACGGCCAGUCCGGUCCUGAACUGUUCGUACAAUGUGGGUCCUGUGUCUUCAAUUAGGAAAGUUUCAGCCAUUCAGAUUGCCCAGGAACUGUUUCGCACAAAGGGCAUCCAGGGACUUUACAAAGGACUCGGAGCAACUCUCAUGAGGGACAUCCCUUUCUCAGUGAUUUACUUUCCGCUGUUUGCCCACAUCAACAAGUUGGGAAAGAAUUCUGAGGAUGACAAUGUGCCUUUUUACUGGUCAUUUAUUUCGGGGUGUGUGGCUGGAUGUACAGCGGCUGUGGCAGUCAGUCCUUGUGAUGUUGUGAAAACCCGGCUCCAGUCACUCAACAGAAGUGCAAACGAAGAAACCUACAAUGGUGUGGCAGACUGCAUCAGAAAGAUAAUGCACAAAGAAGGCCCGACUGCUUUUCUGAAGGGAGCCGGCUGCAGGGCGCUGGUCAUUGCUCCACUCUUUGGAAUUGCUCAAGUGGUUUACUUCGUCGGUGUUGGGGAAUUUCUUUUGGGACAAACACCAUUCAACCUUUACUCUGUCUAAGCUAUGAAACCACCUGCAUUAAACUUUAAAGACCAACGCAGCUAUGAUGCGACUGUUUAUCUGAAAACAAACCAACUUGCUCCCAUGACAAUUUGUAAUGAUUUGUAUGAGAAGGCAAAAUCAUUCAAAUCUGGGUCAUACAUAAACAUAUAACCCAAAUCUACCAUUACUGUAAUUUGGAAAACAGCUAAAAAGUUUAAAUGUUUCUAUAUGAACCAAAUUAUAGGA